UACAACCUAGCAUGCACUAGCGGCAUCUAUCACCCUACUUCGACAUUCUUUUCGACUAGCAGACAAUCCCUCCGUCUAGUAGGUCUGGAAGCUGCUAUUUUAUCGCACGAAAAUGGCCUGCUCGGCGGUACGAGCUCCUCUUUUGCGUAAUACAACGGUCAGACACUAUGCAGCUGCUGCUGCUGCAACACAAUCUGCACCUGCCCAAAACCUCGACAUUCAGGUUCUGAGCAACAAAAUCACCGUUGCUACGCUCGACAACGAUAGCCCUGUUACUCAAGUGUCCGUCAUAUUCAAGGCAGGACCACGCAAUGAAACGUAUGAAACACAGGGCACAUCACAUGUUCUGAGAUUGGCUGCAGGGCUAACAACUAAUCGCUCCAGCGCAUUUGGCAUCACAAGAAAUAUUCAGCAAAUCGGAGGAAAUUUAACGGCCACCACGGAUCGUGAAAGCAUUGCCUACACUCUACAAUGUACCCGCGAUAAACUAGAUGUUGGACUUAAGUUCUUGGAAGAUGUUGCUACGCGUCAAGUAUUCAAACCAUGGGAACUGAAUGACCAGAUUCCACGUUUGCGCUAUGAGCUUUCAUCUAUUCCAGAGACAACUCGGAUCGUUGAACUACUACACAAAGCUGCCUAUCGCAAGGGCCUUGGUUACUCACUCUACUCCCCUAAACAGCGCAUUGGCAAAAUUGGCACAGAAAAUCUUCAACAUUUUGUCAAUACAUGGUUCACUGGGCCGAGAUGCGCGGUUGUUGCUACAGGGGUUUCUCAAGAACAGCUCAAUAAAUUUGCCUCUCAGCUGCAAGUGGGGUCCAGCGAAUCCAGUGGUGAACCUGCUCGAUACUUUGGUGGCGAACUUCGCAAGGAGCGUUCAUCUUCUCUUGCUACCGUAGCUGUGGCUGUGGAAGGAGCAGGACUGAACAAAGAGAAAGAGGCCAUAGCUUUCGCGAUAUUGCAGAGAGCUGCUGGGACUGGGCCUCACGUUAAGUGGGGAUCAACUUCGGCCCCUCUUUACCGAACUGUUGCAACAGCAGCGGGUAAAGAUCCUUUUGCGGUAUCAGCGUUGAAUGCGAGCUACUCUGACUCGGGAAUAUUCGGUUUUAUUUUAACGGCACCUGGCAAUAUUGCAGGAACUCUAACAACUGCAGCCAGUAAAUGGCUACUCAAGCCUUCAGUUACAGAUGCAGAUAUUUCUCGCGGUAAAGCAGAAUUGAAAGCUGCUGUUCUAUAUGCUACUGAUAAUUCCGUUGCAAGACAUGAGUCUCUCGCACAACAGGCUUUAUUUAAAGGCACUGUAGCAUCCCCAAGUGCGAUUAUUGCGGAAAUUGAAAAAGUCAGUGCCGCCGAUGUCAAAAACGUGGCUGCUAAAAUUGGCAAGGGUAAACUGUCCAUGGCCGGAAUUGGCGAUCUUGAUACAGUUCCAUAUGUUGAAGAACUAAAAUAGAGACAGAGUAAAAUAGAGAGAUCGUCAAUCAUUUAGUACUAUUUAACAAUGGAUAUCUAUUUAUCAGAAAUCACAAGAGCGUCACUAGAGCAUCGAUCAUAAAGUGACGGCCAUCGUGGUAUUACAAUUCCUGUAAUUGUGUAAAUAUUACCAAAUAAUAAACAGUUGAACUGUAA